AUGGGGGGCCCCUGGGCCUCGCUGCUCCUGCUGCUGCUGCUCCUGUGUAGCCCCCACCCAGCCCCCGCCACCCGCUGCCCCAGGACCUGCGCCUGCUACGUCCCCACCGAGCUCCACUGCACCUUCUGCAGCCUCAGGGCCGUGCCCCACGUGCUGGACCCCAAGAUGGAGCGCGUGAACCUGGGGUUCAACCACAUCCGGGUCCUGACGCACGCUUCCUUCUCCGGUCUCGCGAGACUUCAGCUGCUGCUGCUGCACGGAAACGAGAUCGCAGACAUCACCAAGGGCGCCCUGAGCGACCUGGGUGCACUGCAGGUGCUGAAGCUGAGCUACAACCAGCUUCGGGCACUGCACACGGGCUCCCUGCGGGGUCUGCGGCGCCUGUCCCGGCUGUACCUGGACCACAACCGGCUGGAGUCGGUGCACCCAUGGGCACUGCUGGGGCUGGCAUCGCUGCGGCUGCUGCGUCUGGAUGGGAACCGGCUGGCGGCGCUGGCGCCCGAGGCGCUGGCCACGCUGCGUGUGCGCGGGGUCCCGGCCUGCACGCUGGGCGUGCUGCACCUGGCCGGGAACCGCCUGGCAGCGCUGCCUGCCGGCACCCUGGCCCGCGCACCUGCGCUGCGCGUGCUGCAUCUACAGGGUAACCCCUGGGCCUGCAGCUGCCGCGCGCGCUGGAUGGAGGGCCUGCAGGGGCGGGGCCGAGGCGUGCUGCGCUGUGGGAAGGAACAGGCGUGCGCGGCCUGUGCCAGCCCCGCCGACCGCCGCGGCCUGGACCUGCGUCGCCUGCCGCCACGCAUGCGCUGUCGGUCGCCGCGCAUCCUCACUGACCCGGGGGAUGGCGAGGAGCCGCCAGAAGCGGAAGUGGAGGCAGAGGAAGAGGAAGUGGAGGACGGGGAGGAUGUGGGCGAAGUGCGGCUGAGGCUGACAGACGCCCGUGGCCGUACCGCCCACCUUGCCUGCCGCCUGCGGCACGCGCCCGUCGUGCGCGACCUCGACGUGCGGCCCGGCCUCGCCCCCGACACCCCUGCGCACGUGCGCCUGACGCUUAGUGCCGCCCUCGUCUGCUAUGCCGACCCUGCCCACCUCGCACAUGCCCGCCGCCUGCUGGGAGGCGAUGACACUGAUGACGUCGCGCUGAUGAUGCGCUGGGACCCAGAGGCGCCGCGCCAUGCCCACUCGGAUGGGGACCUGGGAGAUGGAUCCGGGGAAGGCCACGCCCAACCCUCGGGCGGAGACCCUGAUGGGGAUGAGCUGUAUCAGGACAGGCACCCGGAUGUAGGCCACGCCCACCGUCAGGGCGGAGACCCGGAUGUGGACCAUAUGUAUCAGGCCACAGACUCAGAUGUAGGCCAGGCCCACCAUCGAACCAGGAACCCUGAUAUAGGCCACGUCCACCAGGGAGCCAGAGACCCUGAUGUAGGCCCUGCCCACGCUCAGGACAGAGACCCGGUUGUAGGCCACACCCAUCUGCAGGACAAAUACCCGGAUGUAAGCUAUAUGUAUCAAGCCCGAGACCCGGAUGUAGGGCCCUCCCGCCAGCAGGACAGACACCCGGAUGUAGGCCAUGAGUAUGAUCAGGACAUAGGCCCCGCCCACCCUGAGGCCAGUUUCCCCGAUGUCCAUGACCCGGAUGUGGGCAAGGCCUACCGCCUGGUGCGGGGCCCUGGCUUGUCGUCAUCUUCGCCAACGUCAGUUCCGGGCGUGGUGGCCCGGCUGUGGGCGCGGCCUGCCUGGCUGCUGCAGCCCGAGCUGACGCUGCGCUGGGCCGGGCUGCGCGGGCCACACAUGCAUCUGACGUGGACGGCGUGCGUGCGUGGCCCCGAGGACCCGGAGGACGCGCCCUGGGUGACCCUCGACCCCCGUGAUGACCCCGAUGACGUGCACGUGGUGACCCCGGGGCAGACGCUGCGGCUGCACUGUGCGGCGCAAGGCUCGGAAACACCACGCGUGGCCUGGACGCAGCCUGACGGCUCCGUCCUGCUGGGCGAUGAGGACGGCGGCCAUGACGGGGGAACAACGCUGGAGAUCCACGAGGUGCGCCAGGCCGACGCUGGCUGGUAUCGCUGCGAGGCCCGAGUGGGGCGCCACGGGGAAACCGAGGGAUGGCACGUGGCCUACAGCAGGGACGGAGCCACGGGGUCCGGGGCCUACGUGGAGGAGGAAGCCAUGGAAUCUGAGGCCUAUGGUGUGAAUGAAGCCAUAGGAUCCAAGGCCUACGCUGAGGAGAAAGCCACGAGAUCUGAGGCCUAUGCUGAGGAAAAAGCCACAAGAUCCGAGGCCUACCCUGAGGAGAAAGCCACAGGAUCCCAGGCCUAUGCUGAGGAGAAAGCCAUCAAAUCUGAGGGCUAUGACGUGAAUGAAGCCAUAGAAUCUGAGGCCUACACUGAGAAUGAAGCCAUAGGAUCUGAGGCCUACACUGAGAAAGCCAAAGAAUCCAGUGCCUAUGGCUCAGAUGAAGCCAUGAGAUCCGAGGCCUACACUGAGGAAAAAGCCACAAAAUCUGAGACCUAUGGUGAUGAAAAAGCCAUACAGUCCGAGGCCUAUGCUGUGAAUGAAGCCAUAGAAUCCGAGGCCUAUGGUGCAAAUGAAGCCAUAGAAUCCGAGGCCUUCACUGAGGAAAAAGCCAUAGGAUCUGAGGCCUACACUGAGGAGAAAGCCAUAGGCCCCGCAGCCUACACCGUGUCUGAAGCCCCAGGCCCCGCGGCCUUUGACACCUCUGAAGCCACAGGCCCCGCGGCCUACACCAGCCUUGAAGCCACAGCCCCCACGGCCUCCGCCCCUUCUGAAGCCACAGCCCCCGCGGCCUAUGCCCCGUCUGCAGCCCUGGGCCCUGUGGCCUACGGUGGCUUUGAGUCCGCCAUGGCAGGCCGGGCGCAGCGCGUGUUCGUGGUGGCGUCGCGGGCGCCAGCAGCCACGGCUCUGACGCUGCCUGAGGGCGCCGCGCUGCGGCUGGGCUGCCGAGCGGAGGCGGAGCCGGCGGCGCGCGUGGGCUGGCUGCUGCCGGGCGGGCGCUGGGCCUGGGCGGGGACGGAGCUGGGGACGGACGGCGUCGGGGUCGGGGCGGACGGGACGCUGACGCUGCCCACGCUGGGCCCAAGGCACGCCGGGCGCUAUGUGUGA